GGAGCUGAGUGGCCCUUUAAGGCCAGCCCGGCUCUCAGCUUGUUGCUAUGUAUGGGACCAACUUCCUUAGCAACCACCUCUGUUAAAGGGGACUUGGUAGGGGUUGCCACCAGCCAUGGCUCCCAAAAAGAAGGCGAACAAGGGACCCAAGGAGCUCGAGCCCAAGAAGAGGAGAGGCGGCAAGAAGGAUACCAUCACCACCAAGCCAGCAGAAAUGCCCCUGAGUGAGGAGCAGAAGGAAUUCUACCUCAUCCAGAUCAGGGACCUGGAGGACAGGAUGGCCCGGUACCAGCGGAAGUGGGAUGAGCUGGCGACACAGGAGAAGCAGUUCCGCCAGGAGUUUGAGCAGCUGGCCAACAACAAGAAGGAGAUUGUGGCCUUCCUCAAGCGCACGCUCAGCCAGCGGGUGGACGAGAUCGCGGAUCUCAACGAGCAGCUCCAAAAUCUGCAGCUGGCCAAGGACAUGGAGAAGGACGCGUUCGAGGCGCAGCUGGCCCAGGUGCGCCAUGAGUUCCAGGAAACCAAGGACCAGCUCACCACAGAGAACAACAUCCUGGGGAGCAAGCUGGCAGCCCUGGAGGAGUUCCGGCUACAGAAGGAGGAGCUCACGGAGAAGUUCACGCAGCUGGAAGAACAGCUGCACAAGCAGGACAGCGAGUACAAGGAGCACAUCUACAACGUCGAGAAGAAGUCCAUGAUGGACAAGGACAGGCUGCGGAAGGAGAUCAUUCAGCGUGUAAACCUGGUGGCCGCGGAGUUCCGCAAAAUGGCAGCCAGCCAGAUGUGGGACACCACCAAGCGGACCAUCACAGAGAACAACACGGUGACCUUGCAGCUGGCCAAGGUGUCCCAGCACGGCCUGCAGCUGCUGCAGGAGAAUGAACACCUACGCAACGUCCAGGGCCAACUGAGCCAACAGCUGGAGCUCCUGGAGGGCACACAGAGGACUAUGGCCAAGCAAAGCAUAUCACACAAGAAGAUCAUCCUCAUGCUGACUGAGAAGUGCCAGGAGCAGCAUGUGAGCCAGAAGGAGGUGGAAAAGAUCCGCACCCAGCUCUGCAAGCAGGAACAAAGCUUCCAGCAGCAGCAGGAGGAGAACCAGGCACUGAGGGACCAGAAUGAGGAGCUGAUGACACAGCUGGAACCGCUGCAGGCUGAGAGGCAACAGCUGCAGCAGGAGCUGGCCAAGGAGCAAAGGGUUCGGGCCGGGCUGGAGAAGACACUGGCCCAGGCUACCUCGUCCCUCCAAAACAUUCUGCAGAUCGAGCGAGAGGAGGGCGAAGACUCUGAGGCCUUAUUCCAACUGCGGCAAAGGGAGCAACUGGAGCAGCUCCUGGCCCUGCUCAGCUCGGCUCUGGUCUUCAGUCCCAUUCAGGCUGUGUCCCCUGAACAGAACAAGGCAAUCCGACAGCUCCCCCACGUGUCGACUCUGAUAAAGCGGCUGGUUAACAUGGCGCCCUACCAGCCCGGGGACCUGGGCCUGGUGCCUCGGAAAACCCGCAUCCCACCCAACCCCGAGGACCUUAGGCUGCUUUCCCACACCAGCCGGGUAGGAAUGCUGGGUAGCCUUCAGAUGAACAGCAAACCUGAGGUGAGCGCUAAGGGCGGUGAGGAGGUGGCUAGCCUGGCACAUCUGGGCUCUUACCAGGCAGCUGUGUGUCCUUGAGGACAGGGAUGGAC